UCAUGGCGCAUCCCUAGAAACUAGAGAAGUGAGGAAGAGGACAUGUCGAGCGGCGUGUGGCAACCUAUUCACCAACUCGCAAGAGGCCAACCUCCCCGUGGUAUUUCAAACUAAUCAUGGACCUAAGCUCGCGAUGAUCUGGUGUUAUGUUGUAACUAACUUCACGUAUCCCCACAUCCUUCUGGGUGCAUCUACACUGUCUCGUAUGAAAACGUCCAUCGACCUGGACGACUACGUGAUGAGCAUCAAGUGUAUGGGAGGAGUGAAAGUCCAGCUGUCAUCAUCACCCCCGACAGUACCGCCAGUUGCUGCUGCACCGAGCUCUGAUCUCGAGGAAAACCUUGUGAAUCUAUCGGAUGAGGAGCUCUACCAAUGGCAUGUACAAAGGUGUCAAGAUCUACCAACGGCCAAGCUAUCUUUCUCCAUCAAAGAGAGUGCUCCAUCUGUGACGAGGAAGUACCCGAUCCCUGCCCGGCUGAAGGAGUCAGUGCAGAAGGAGCUUGGUAAAUUAUCUGCCCAAGGAGUCAUCCGCAUUGUCCAGGACUCCUGGACAACCUCACACCGGUAUCGACCGGACUCCUGGACCAGGAGUCCGAGGUUGGUCCCAACGCGAUUGUGUCACCAGGCUUUGCCAAAGAUAAGGGGCGCACUGAUGAUGAUG